AUGAUCCUCGAAGCAUUUUUUGGGUUUUUAUUACUUGUGUUUGUGGUGUGGAAGUAUUUUCUACCAAACCACGAAGAGCACAUUAAGUAUUCAAGAUUAAAACUAGUUGAACCAGAAAUAUCAGAGCUAAAUAAUAAGGAAGUAGUUGACCAGAUUUUACCGACAAAGGUUAACACCACAGCUAACAAGCAAAUACUUCAGAAUAGGCAACUAAAAUCGAAACGCUUAGCAUAUCAUCAGAGUAGCCGUCCUCAGAAAGUGUUAAACUAUAUACCUUACCAAAACGAUGAUUUGAUUACACCAUCUAUAUUAUUAAAGCAACGUCAACUACUAAAGCAAAAGGGACCUAAACGCGAGAGCCCGCCAAAAGAAAAGCUGACAGAAUUUCUAGAGAAGACUAUUUUAAGCGAUGACAAAAUACAGUCUAUUAUACAAAAUCUAGCUCUAGAUAAAAGAGAAAUACUCAUACACGAAGAACCGGCCAAAGUACUUUAUCCUACUUUUAAAGAAAUAAAACCUCUUUUUAGAGAACAAGGGCAUACUCUAAGUGAAAAGGUUGUAAAGCAACAAAUCACGAUCGAUGAUAUCUCUGAGAAUAUAAAUCGAUUAAAGUAUUCAAACCUUGUAAAAGAGCCGAAAGAACCCGAGACCAUCUAUGAUGAGCCGGUCCAACACAAAGCACCAGAAGAAACACCUUUGUUGAAACGUCUUCAGAAACACCCUGCAAUUCCAGCAGGCCUUAACUUUGGAUUAGUUAUUGGUGAAUUAAAGAAUAAAACGAAAAAUGGUGGAAACAAACCCGUUUUUAAGAAGUUCGAUGUUGAUUCUACGAAUAACGCACAGGAAUCUCUAAACGCUGCAGUAGAUGAAAAGAAAAAAAUUAUCAUCGACGAGAACGAAAUCGGAUCUGUAAAUAUUUUAGCCGACAGACGAACAAAACUAGAAACUGCUGCUCAAGGAUGGCGUAAACGCGUCCCCCAGAGCGAUGCGUCUCUCUUUACCGUCGCGGGUAGGUUGGAGCGCGACAAGGUCGUGACGUCGACACCCCCACUCACCCCACCGCCAACCACAGUGCCUGUGGCAAUAGCAUCGCCUGGAAUACCACCACCAAAUAAAUUUAAGUCUCGGAAGCAAACGUCCCCUACCAACGGUUUUGCAUCCGGUCCCCUCCGCUCGGCCUCGUGUGCAGUCGUCAGCGCCGCUUCAAUCGAUUUGAAGCCUAAAGAGACUGCUAGAAUCGAUCGAGAGUCUUUCAAGAGAAGUCACUCUGUCAGUGAGAGCAUUAGUAGGGUUGAUGAGAAAGAUGAAGCGCCCAGUGGCGCGGAGCGAUCAGGUCAACCAGUUCGAGUACCACGAGCUGAUGAUGAAACGUUCCACGCUUUCUACACGCCUGCUUUACAGCAAGGGAAGACAGCAGACGCCGAGGGUGUCGACGUCGACCUGGAUGCAAUUGAUAGCGGUUCUAGACAACUUCUGGCAGGUGAAUGGGCUCGUCGAGCACGAGUUGGUCGUCGUCACCAGGCUUCGCGCAAUCCACUUCGAGCUCUUGCGGCGCGGACGGACCUGCGAGACGAAUAUGUACCUACAACCACCGCCAUACCACUGAAUAACAAAAAGAGCUAUGUUCCUGAUAAGUUACAACCCAACGGCGGCCUAGCGGCGGAGGCGCUGGCGGCUCUGGCCAGCAAGGAGGACUUCGCGAGCGUGGCACUGCGCAGCGCCAGCGCCGCGCCGCCCGCGCACGGCACGCGCCCCGCCAUGCUGCUGCACGUCAAGGGCCGCCGCAGGGUGCAGACACGGCUUGUGGAGCCGGUACACACGAGUGUGAACCGUGGUGAUUGCUUCAUACUAGUCACGCCUGAACAACUGUUCCUGUACAUCGGACUGUACGCUAAUGUUAUUGAAAAGAAUCGCAGUACAGAUAUUGCCAUGCACAUUCAAAACACAAAAGACUUAGGCUGCAAGAACUCUACAGGCAUCAUUAAAAUAGACGAACAAAUAAAAAACUAUAGCAAGAAACAUUGGAACCAAUUCUGGUCAUUAUUAGGCGUCACAGAAGACGCCGAGACCUACAAACCCGUAGAGACUGGACAUGCCGACGAAGAUGAAAUUUUCGAGUCGUGUGUCAUCCAGACCAAUAUGUGCUACGAGGUCAAAGAUGAUGAAUUGGAGCCAAUCCAGGAAUAUUGGGGCCAAUCGCCAAAGAUAGCCAUGCUCAACCAAUCCAAAGUAAUCGUGUUCGAUUUCGGUUCAGAACUGUAUAUCUGGUACGGCAAAAAUGUACCUUUGGAGAGUCGUCGCCGCGCAGCACAGUUGGCUCAAGAAAUGUUUGAUGAAGGUUACAACUAUGAGGAGUGUCACAUAAAUCCUUUGAAUGCAGCUUUGCACCAAGGGGCACGUGACCCUUCUACUGAACAACCUUCAAAAUCAUCCAAGAGCCGACCCGAGUGGGCGAUAAUGUCCAAAGUCACACAGCACAUGGAAACUAUUCUCUUCAAGGAAAAGUUUUUAGAUUGGCCCGAUUACUCUAGGGUUAUCAAAGUGAAAACCCCAGAAAAUAAAUCAAAUAGCAUUGAAAUUUCUCCUUGCGAUGCUGAAGAAAUGUGGUCGAAUGAAUACCAGGAUCCAGAUCUCAUAUUAGAAGGAUCCCAUAUCGGCCGAGGCACGCACUAUUAUGAUAAGAACAACAUGAGACAUUACGAUAUCAACACUAAGUCUGUAAGCAAAUGGGUCAUUCAGGAGUACGAUUAUCAAAAGGUGGAAAAUGACUCCGAAAUCGGUGAAUUCUUCUCAGCUGACAGCUACAUUAUAAGAUGGGAGUAUCAAAUAACGGCUACCGGUAGAGAGUUAAAUGGUAAACCGUCUAAACACAAUGUGACCGGCAGAGACCGUUGCGCGUACUUCUGUUGGCAAGGCCGAGACGCCAGCUCCAACGAGAAAGGUGCUGCUGCCCUGUUGACUGUCGAACUCGACAAAGAAAAAGGUCCUCAGGUUCGAGUAGCUCAAGGAAACGAACCUCCGGCCUUCUUAAACCUUUUCCAGGGUAAUCUAGUUAUUCACCAGGGUAAAAGAGACACCGAUAAAAGUAGGUAUAGGCUGUUUGUAACUCGCGGAAACUUGGCUAACGAGGCAUAUCUACUUCAAGUGCCUUGUUCUGUCCGCCAGUUGCGAAGCCGUGGCUCUUUGUUACUUGUCGACACAGAAAAAGGUUGUAUGUACAUCUGGCACGGCACUAGAAGCAUGAAACAUACGAAGAAUAUUGCUAUUGACAUGGCUAACAGACUUAUCGCAAGAAAGUCCAGCUAUUUGUUCGGCGAUAAUGUAUCUCAUAUAGAAAUUACUGAAGUGCGUGAAGGAGAAGAGCCUAAGGAAGUUUUAAGUGCAUUGGGUGUGGCGAAUAAGCAGUAUUACAACUCGGUAGUGGGAGCUGGAAGGGAGGCUGGCGGUGACGUCACUCCUCGUUUAUUCCAUUUUACGGACCUGGGUGGACAGUUUGAAGCAAACGAGGUGCUGUCGCCACUACGACACGAUCAUUUGGUGACACCCUUUCCUUUUGAACAAAAGGAGUUGUAUUCGGCUUCGCAGCCAGCCUUGUUCCUGUUAGACGACGGCAAGUGCGUGUGGCUGUGGCAGGGCUGGUGGCCGUGCGGGGAGGAUGGAGAACUGGAACCCGCCGAGCGAAACGCCGGGGUGGGCGCGUUCGCGGCGCGCUGGCAGGCGCUGCGCGUGGCGGCGCUCCGCACGUGCGCGGCCUACUGGCGCGUGUCCAGGGCCGCGCCGCCGCCCGCCGAGCCCGACGUGCGGAUCGUGGCCGCCGGCCUCGAGCCGCAGCGCUUCACCGACCUCUUCGACACCUGGGAGGACCACGACCAGGCCGCGGAUGUUAACAUCGCUCACGGGCACAAGGCGGGCGCGCACGUGCGCGGCGCGGCGGAGCUGUCGCGCCUCACGAGCUGCGACGCCGUGCUGGCGCUGGCCGAGCUGCAGCGCCGCCCGCUGCCGCCGCACGUCGACCCGCACCACCUCGAGCGGCACCUCGCCGCCGCCGACUUCCUGGAGGCUUUUGGCAUGUCCAAAGAAGAGUUCUCAAGUCUCCCCGCGUGGAAACAGACCAACUUGAAGAAGGACGUGGGCCUGUUCUGA